UUAAAAACCUGUCAAUGUCAAUAUGCCACCACGUCAACAUGGCAGGUUCUUUGAGUAACAGCCGGUUAUGGCUGUAAUAGUUUUAAAUAGUUACAAAAUCGUGCACAGUUUCAAGUUAUAGUAUUUUAUGUCUAUCUAUGUGAUGUAUUAUUUAAAAAUUGAAAUUUUGGUAUUAUAGGUUUAGAAAUAACAUACGUUUUUUCUUAAAUAAACCUUAUUUAAUUGUCCCUGUGCUACGAUGAUAAUAGUGUAAUCAUUUUUAGUAAUUGUAGAUGUGGUAAAUAUAGGUACAAAAAUUAUCAUUAAAAUGUUACCUUUAUCACAUAAGGAUUCCUACAAUCGUGGGUUUGGCUCAAGAAUUAAAGAAAAAAUUAAUAGCUGGAUAAGACUAAUAUUUGCUGAUAGAAAUUCAAGAAAUUUAUUUCUAUUUUUACUACUUAAUUUGUCUUUUGCAUUUGUAGAACUAAUUUAUGGAGUAUGGAGUAAUAGUUUAGGUUUAAUUUCUGAUUCAUUCCACAUGUUUUUUGACUGCACUGGUCUUUUGGCUGGUUUGGUCGCAUCUGUUAUUACAAAAUGGAAAGCAAACGAUAAAUACUCUUAUGGUUAUGUUAGAGCAGAAAUAUUAGCAGGAUUUGUAAAUGGAUUAUUUUUGUUAUUUAUUUCGUUUUUCUUGAUGUCGGAAGCAGUUGAACGUGCAAUAGAACCACCAGAGGUAAAACAUGAACGAUUGUUCAUUGUAUCUGUGUUGGGACUACUAGUAAACCUUGUGGGUAUCUAUGCUUUCCAACAUGGACAUGGACAUUCCCAUGGUGGAGGUUCUCAUGGUCACUCUCACGGAGGGCACAAUCAUUCUCAUACUUCAAAUAGCCAUAAUCAUUCCCAUGAUCACAACAUAGAUAUUGACAGUGGCAGUCAUAACUCACAAAUAAUGAAGGGUGUAUUUCUACACAUCUUAGCCGACACUUUGGGCAGCGUUGGAGUUAUAAUUUCUACCAUACUGAUGCAAACGUUUGGGUGGAUGAUAGCAGAUCCUAUAUGUUCUAUGUUCAUUGCUAUUCUCAUAGCAGUAAGUGUGUUAGCGUUGAUUAAGGAUUCUAUUAUGAUUUUAAUGCAAAGGCAACCUAUUGCUUUGGAUAACAUUUUACCGCAGUGCUAUCAAAAAGUGAUUAGUUUAGCAGGAGUUUAUUCUGUACAGGAACCACACUUCUGGACGUUGUGUAGUGACUUUUAUGUAGGUGCUAUUAAAUUAGAAGUUUCAAAAACAGUGGACCCUAAAUAUGUUGUGUCCCACACACAAAUGAUUUUUGCUUCUGUUGGUGUUAGGCAGCUUUAUGUGCAGUUAGACUAUACACCAAUGUGAUUAACUUAUAAUGCUUUUUUAUUGCCUACAUAGCUAAAUUAUACAAUUAUGUCGUUACAAUAGGAUUGUAAAUAUGAAGAAUUUUUAUAAUUUAUGUUCGAAAAAGAUGACGCCGUUUUGUGAAUCUGAAUAUUGUUUUGAUAACCUUUUUUAUUUUUUAAUUUUAUAUCAGUCUUCUUAAGGUAAAAUUGAAUUGAUACUUCCAAUACCUAUUGAGAAUGAAUGAACGUGUUAUAAAUAUUUUUUAUAAGAAUGUUAAUUUAAACAAUUAUACAAAUAUUUAAUAUAGUUAUUGUGAUGGAUGACCGAAGUAAUUGAACAAUUAAAAUUAAUGAGAGAAA